CCGGUUCCGGGCCUCCCGGCUGCGCAUGUACUCUGACUUCUACAGGCCUUCUACACGAGGCGACAUGAAGGGCUCUGCGUCCGAAUCUCCCAGUGCCUCGGUCGCUGAGGCGACCACCACCGACGUGCAAGUGACCCCGACCGCUCUUUUACAGCUGGACAGAGAGCAGAUUAGAAAGGCAGUGGAAGUAAUAUCUAAUCGCUCAAAGUCCAAAAAAAACAAUAAUGAAUUGCUGUUGAAUGGGAGCGAAAAUUUAUUUUUAAUGGUGAUAUUAUGGAAAAUUCCAGAGAAAGAACUUCGGGUCAAAGUACCUUUGCCUCAUAGCAUUCUCUCCGAAUCCUCAGAUGUAUGUCUCUUCACAAAAGAUGAAUUCGAUUCACCUGAACAGACAGAAGGUUUCUAUAAAAAGCUUUUGAAAAAACACAGAAUUAACACUAUCUCUCAGAUUAUCCCUUUUAAAACUUUAAAAACAGAAUAUAAAGCCUAUGAAGCCAAGCUCCGCCUCCUGGGUAGCUUUGAUGUCUUUAUUACUGAUUCGAGGAUUCGACGGCAUUUGCCCACACACAUAGGGAGGCAUUUUUAUCAGAGGAAGAAAGUUCCAGUGUCUGUGAACCUUCUGGCAAAGAAUCUGUCCACAGAGAUUAACCGAUGGAUCACAGGGACCGUCUUAAACAUCUCUAAGCGUGGUUCUUGCAGUACGAUCCGUAUUGGUCACACUGGAAUGGAGACUGAGCACAUCGUUGACAACAUCCUAGCUGUCUCAGAAAUGCUUUCAGAAAAAUUGCCAGAGAAAUGGCAGAGUGUGAAACUGUUGUUCCUGAAAACUGAGAAGUCGGUUUCCCUGCCCAUCUUUUCUUCAUUUGUCACAUCUCAGGAUGAAAACGCUGUUUCCUUCCGUAGUUUGAGGAAGCAAGAACUAAAGAAGAGAAAGCAUGAAAAUGCAAAGUUGAAGAAGAAGAGCAAAAUGUUAAAGAAGAAGUCCAAGAAGGCUGCAUCUCUUUCAACUCAGAGUGGGUUAGCUAGUAGUGCUCCAGCGAAGGGCCCAGGAGCCCAGAAGAAAAAGACCAACAAGGCACACACAAAGCAGAAAGUUACAGAGGAAUGUGAAGAAACAAUUCCACAACUGGUACCAAUAGGAGAGACUCCAGAUAAAGAAAAUGUAAAGGUAUUAAUAGUGAUUAUAUUUAUAGUAGCUGCUGUGUUUCAGGCAAAAACUGCUAGGUGAUGCGGGUGGGGUCCAUGCCUUUACUCCAGCACUUGUGAUCCAGAGGUAGGAGGGUCUCUGCAUUUGAGCCUGGACUACAGAGUGACUUCCAGGACAGCCAGGGCUACACAGAGAGAAACACUGUCUCAGAGGGGGGAAAGUAAAAGUAAAGAGUGCUAAGUAAUGGAAAAGUUGAGAGUUAAUUCCAGGAACCAGAAAGGCAGAUUCUGGUUUACUUACUUUAGCAUCUUGAGUAAUCUGAAAGGCCUGUGCUACUUGACAAUAGGGCAUCUUCUCGACGUGUAUCUCAUGUAGAUGUCAUUGACAGGACAUACAAAGUAUCUAUCAGUCCAUGUGACUUCUCAGUGCUCUGAUGUCAGCACACAGUGUGGCUGCUGCUAACACAAUACAACCUACUGGUAUAAUGUUUCUAAUAUUGAAGUAGGAGUAUACUCUAAAGGCUACACAUGUGCCUGGAACCUCAGGCUGAGGCACCAGCAUUAUCACUUUGAACCCAACCUGAAAUACAUGCUGCGUUCCAGCCAGGUAAGACCCUGUCUCAAAAGGAAAGAAAGUUUGUCUGCUGCUGGAA